UUCUUUGCAUCCUUAGGUUUGAAUAUUUUAGUAGAUAGCAUCGGGCAUGUGCGCAGCGCAGUGAACGUUGGCAACGUUUGCACCAGUUCGGUACCAGCGCGGAAGGUAAACACAGGAUCGAAGAUGUCAACAAAAACGGAGGUUACAGAGUUGCGAGAGAAAGGAAAUGAAUGUGUCCGUGCAGGAAACUUUGCUGAGGCAAUACUACAUUACUCUCAUGCAAUCAAGCAGGAUGGUUCUUCCCCUCAGCUGUACAGCAACAGAUCCUUUGCCUUCCUGAAGCUUCAGCAGUAUUACCAUGCCCUUGAGGAUGCCAAUGAAGCAAUACGACUUGACCCUACCUGGGCAAAAGGUUAUUUUCGUCGAGGGGAAGUCGAAUUUGCAACAGGCUUGUUUGACCAUGCCCUUGAGUCUUACCGACGGGCCUCCCAGCUGCAUAAUGACCCCACAUUACUGGAAUGUGUGCUAAAGGCUAACAGGGAAUUGACUCGCCAGCAGAAGGUUGACCAGCAGACUCCUUGGGUUGGGGCAGGAAUCGGUUUGAUCUUGGGUGUGCUAGUGGUGGUUGGAGAUGCAGCUGUAGCAAAUGCUUCCAUUCUUACGCAUCCAGUUCUUCAGUCACUAGUGACCAUUGUGUUCUCCUUGCUGGGUCUGGGUCUUGGAUUCUGCUACAGAGCAUACAUACAGAACACCAGGAAAGCUUUACUAGAGCGCCCUCUGGACCUAAUGGAUAUGGAUAAUGACAACUCAAGAAAUGGAGUUGGAGGUACCAAGGAGCAAGGGAGUGGCAAAGGUGGACAGGAAGGGGAGGAGCGACGCCAUCACCCCCGCUACACCAAGGCUCGGGCCCGGCAGCGCUAUAAGAAGGGCAAGUCAUAGAUAGUCGCUAGACUCGUCACUUAUCUUUAUACAUUUAUAUGAAUGUAUUGGUUGUUAUGCAGUAAUAACACUAGAUUAUGUUCUUUUAUUUUAUCAUUGGUUUUAUAUCACAGUUGUAGUAUUGGGUUGUAAAUUUCAGUACGCAUUAGGAGAGGUCAGUGAAAGUUACUUGUGAAAAUCUUUUCUUACAUAACUAAUAUAAACUGAAUAUAGAUUGCAAAAUAAGUUGCAUUCAACUUUUCUUUGCCAACUUAUAAUACUAAAAAAAGCUUUUGUUUUCCACAAAUAUAAAUUGUUUGAUUUCUCAUUUAAGUUAAAUUUGUUAUGUUUUAUUGUUAUCAAAUAUAUUUUUAAUUUGUUGAAAUCUGAAACAUUGCCAUGCAUGUCAAAAAUACUUCUAUUGAUGUGGUAAUGCAAAGAUUUUUUGUCAUUAUAAAAUGAGAUGGUAUUUUCUCAUAACCACAACCUAAUGCUUGAACAAUUUUGGGGUCCAUUCCUAAUGAUUUCUGUAGUUUUUUAUUUAUUUAUUUAUUUUUUAUUUAUUUUAUUUAUUUAUUUUUUUCAGAAUGACAUACUCUUUUAGAAAGUGCCUUUAUUUGGAGGACAGGUAGUGCUAGCAGUUUUCAUACAUAAUUUCCUUAAAACAGUCAGGCAGUUCAAAUAAUGAAUUGUCAUGCAAUUGGUUUUUCCUUGUUCAUGCAUCACCAAUUUACAGUAGUCAUUAUUGUAGGAUUUUUUAUGAUACGGAUAUAUAUUACUUGUUGUAGUAAUUAAGGUGCUGUUGGUCAUCAACUUUCAAUUCCAUGAAGAUUCUCUCAUGAAUUUUUAUAUUCCAUUUUGUAUUCACUUGUUUUGACAAUAUACUCCAGGUUUUGUCUUCAUGAAGUAAUUCUGGGACUGUUCACAUGGUAUACUUCACAGCCUUGAUCCUCAGGUACAUGUAAUUCUGGAACAUCCACCUUUCAUUCUCCUCAAUUAAUUCAGUGAUAGAACAAAUAUAUGAACCUUUCUUGCUCCUCUAUUAAUUCCACAAUAGAAAAGAAAUAUGAAUGUUCACUAAUGCUACCAUCUAACUGAUGUAAUAGCAUACAAGUUUCUGCAAAUACUGCUUGACAAAAGUACAAGUUAUUCCAAGUGGAAAAUGUUCUAUAUACAUACGCAGUUUGAGACUUUGGAUGCAAUUCAAAUGUAGCAGAGUGACAGAUACUGGUGGAUAUAUUAUAUGUUGUAGAAAUACCAUGUCUGUAUGCUCCACUUCACUGUAUGUGUGUGUGUGUGUGUGUGUGUGUGUGUAUUUUUGGCCAAUCAUAUAGUAUUUUCUAACUAUUUAUUAUCUUCGUGGCAUAAAACUUUAAACAGCUGACUAGCCUCACCACUUCCCUCUCCCCACUAAGAUGGUGGCAUUGAAUACAUUUAGAUUGUACUGUAUGAAUUUGGCAAGAGAAAAAAAAAAAAAAAAAAAAAAACAGCUAUUGAAAACGCCACACAGUAAGGUUUUCUUUACGAUGUAAAACAUCUGCCUAGCACAGCUGUAGUAUCUGUCAACCCACCACACUUGAAUUAUGCCCUAUGGCUAAAUAAAGCCUGAAACUGCUUUGUAUAUAAAAUAGUUUCUACUUGGAAUAACUUGUACUUUUGUCUCUAGCUGUAUUUGCAAAAUCAAUCUCUCUCUCUCUCUCUCUCUCUCUCUCUCUCUCUCUCUCUCUCUCUCUCUCUCUCUCUCUCUCUCUCUCUCUCUCUCUCUCUCUCUCUCUCUCUCUCUCUCUGGUACCUUACACUUACAAACCACAUUUAUCUGCACAUCAGGAGUAAAUUCCCCUGUAGGCAGUAUAGUCUAUGAAAAAAAUUAAACCAAAGAUUGAUUAACUACAAUCUAAUUAGGACACCAGAGAAUAGAUAAUCAUGUCAUGUUAUGCAAAGUUUGGUUCUAAAAACGUACUGAGAUCUUUCUGGGCCUGAUAACUUUUGAGUUUACUUUGGCUCACUUUUUCAUUUCUGAUGCUGGAAAGAUCAGAUAUAAAAUAAGCCACGUUUACAUUUAUAGUGAAACCAGACUAACUUUGUAUUUGGGCAUUGGCUGCACCUGUCUGCAUUGGUGCCACAUUUAAGGCGGGUUCUCACACGGCAAUUUACAACUGGAAUUGACAGCCACUGCAAGGGUUGCAAUAAGCCCUUUCAGCUGGAGUAUGUUCACACAAUAGUGGCUAGAAAGAAGUGGCUUGAUAGCAGCAUCACUUGCUAAAGUUUCCAUCUCUGCUCCACAGCCAUCUGUUAUUUUUUCUCAAAUUUGUGUAUAAAAAGGGUCUAUGGGGCUUGUAUCCCAACUAGACCUAGCACAAUCAUCAUUUGUCAUUAUGAGCAUAAAUAACACAUCAGUAAUACUAUAAUCUAGUAUUUAUUGAAUACAUACUUAAAAUCUUUUAGUACCUACCACUGGCACAGUUUUCCACAAUGUUGACAUAAUAUCCUGCAUUUUUUUUACUUUUUAAGAAACUGCUGUAAAUUUAAUUUAUCUUUUGGUAGUGUAGAAAAAGAAAUGAUUUACCAUAUUUGAUGGCUCAUAAGAUGCACCUUUCGUCCAACAAAAAGUCUCAGGAAAUGGGCCUUCGUCCUAUGAAGCCAAGGUUCAGUAUUGAGGUAGUGGUUGGUGGUCAGUCUAUAUAUGGCAAGAGAGACUAUAAUAUCAAACCCCAGACAUCUUCACACUUGUAAACAAAGUAAUGAUUGGUACUACACCACAAAACAAUUAAUUCUUUCUUUAAUGAAAACAAUAUAUAAUAGUUCAUACUUAUAAGUAAUUCACAUAGAAUGACACCAGUCAAGAAGAGUUUCCAUACCUCACAUGAACCAAAACAAAACACGCAAUCGGUGAUCUUGAUCUUGAUAUGGACAAGACUCACUCCAUUCUUUACAGUGUUACUCCUUGAGGUAAAACACACUUUCACACAAUUAAAAUUGCACCUAUCAUUUAACAUUCUUACAUAUUUUUACAUAUUCAUGUAAAAAAAUGACAAAAAAAAAAAAUUAUGAUUAUUAGGCCUGUAGUCUCUCAGUCAGUCUAAUAAUAUUAGACUUACAGAUGGCAGCUUCCAGUCCUAAGUAUUCUGGAACGUAUUCUGAAAUAAAUAAAGUAUUUCUUUAGAAUUUAUUUUUUAGGCUUCUUUACUAUAAAAAUUAAGUUUUUAAUGAGUUUUAUAGAUUUUUGUCAUUGUUAUAUAUAUAUAUAUAUAUAUAUAUAUAUAUAUAUAUAUAUAUAUAUAUAUAUAUAUAUAUAUAUAUAUAUAUAAUCUGCCAAAACUGAUUGCAUCUUAUGAGCCAUUAAAUAUGGUAUGCUGUUCCAGGUAAAUUGUCAGUGAGAAAUAUUCACCAUUCAAUUAAUUAAGAUACUUUUGCACCUGAAAUUAGGCCUAGGUGGCAGAGCUACUUUGAUCAACAGGUUAAUAGUGAAUAUUUCUCGCUGAAAAUGUACUUGCAACAGCACGAGUCAUUCCUUUCCCUAUACUACCAAAAUAAAUGGUUAAUUCACAGCAUUUACUUAAAAAAAAAAAUGCAAGAUAAUGUCCAUACUAUGCAGAUCAGAUCUAUACAAGUUGGAGGUACUUGUAUGUUUCAAGUAUUCAAUAAAAAAAUUAAUAUCAGAUUAUGAUUCUAGUGGUGACGUGUUAUAUGCUCUCAUGAUGACAAUUGAUGCUUACUGUGGCUGGGAUAUACAUAAGUUUGAGCAAAAAUAACAGGCAGGUGUGGAGCACAAGUAAACCCUUAUGGAUGGAGACUUCCAUGCACACAACAGCUGCCAUCUCAUCAGAUGUCCUUUUCCAAAGGCUUUUCUUGUUGUAUAGAGCAUGUCUUGGAUCUCAGACAUUUCGUUGAUCCCUCAUCAGCCUCAGCAUCAUCUUUUCUGCCUCUGAACACAUCUUGCACAACAUCCUUUGUGAUGUCACAAUGUAAACAAAGCCACUAGUGGCUGGACAAAACAUUGUGUUGGGUCAUGUUAUGCAGCUGACAGUUCCAGUUGGAAAUUGUCAUGUAUGAACUCCCCUUUACACUUAACACACACACAUGGCAAUUUCUUUCUCUUCAGUCACAGCAUUCACAUUAACUCUUCUUUGCUUUUAAGAUCUCUCUUGCAGUUUUCUUCAUUUAGCCUUUCCUAUUUAUUCAUGGUGUUUCCCUUACUCUUUACUUUUCAACUGCAUAUUUGACAUUUGAUCAAGCAACCUUCACCAAUUGAUUUUGUUUCUUCUCUGCAUGUCAAAACCAAUGUAACACUUUUAGCUUUCCUUGAUCAUAUGACACAUCCAACACAGGCCUCAUAUCCUCUCUAAAAAGUCAAAGAAAUUGAAAUGUAAAAAUUUUACAUUUGAUUAGCUCCUAUACACCAGGGCCAGUAUCAUAAUUUUAUGAUAACAGACCAGGAUAUAGUGAACACUAUUUAUAAAGAAUUGUGUUGGCCAAUUAGAUCAUUAUCAUUUAUAUGUUGGCAUGUAUGUAUAUGUUUAAAUGCAGCAUUUAAAGGCCUGCCUAUAUUAUUGGGCAGUGCUGAACUGGCCCUAUUACCACGUCUAUCUCAUUCCAAUACAUAAGCUGGGGGAGUGUGAGUGGCAGGCAUAGAGGUGCAUCAGAAUAAAAAAAAAGUACAUGAACUGCCAAACCAAACCAUUUCUUUCCUAAAGUAGGGGUGGCACGUAUAACUGAUACAACAUAGAGGGCAGGUGGCAUCUGUAGUUGACCUGGAUUUUACAGGCUUAAUAUCAAAUUUUUAGGCCUGCAACAUUCUUCCUUCAUGAUGAUAUCAUCGUCUCCCUCUUGAGCCUCAGUGUCCUGUAAAAAUGAGGGUAAAUUUGCUCCUAAACAACUUCUUGAAAAUUCUAUUGGUAGAGAAUUAGAAGUUAUGAAUAUUGGGAUUUCUCAAUUUAUGUGUUUAGAAUAUGUAAUUUUGGAAUAAUAAGCUAAAAAAAAAACCUAGUCAUUUUUUCAUAAUAUACAGAUUAUUUAGAAUAACAUGUCAAAAAAAUAAAAUUGUGUGGCUGGUUUAGUUCCAUGUGAACACCAAAUGUUCCCAAUGUGUACUGCCAACAUGCUGUAAUCUUCACCUUAAUGUCAGCUAAAUACUGACUUGGUAUAUACUGUACAUUUUAGUUCAGUAAUCAUGUUUGCUUUAUGUGAUUUUUUACAUAACACCAUCCCUUCAAGAACAUAUCCCUCACAUACUUCAAAAAAUUCCUGUAUCAUAAGUGACACACCAAUACUAUUUGCCUUAGUGUAUCUACAAAAUUAUUAGAUAUAGGUAUUAUCGUGAAUGAGUGACUGAGAAAUACUGGUGAGGGAAUCAAACAAAGGAGGCUUAGGACACCUGGCUGGGGCCCUAGCCAAGGUGCUGUAUGGCAGGCGAUCUUCCAAACUCAGACUGAGAAAGUGCUGAAAGUUACUUUACUUCAUCACUUUACUAGAGAUGCACAUCACCAAAAGAGUUUGGGUCUGCAGAGGAUGACUUGAUAAGGGUGGUUCUAUUACAUUUUAUGCAAUUGGUUACCUUAGCUUUAAUAUUAGAUUUAGUAACAGAAAAUGGCUUUUUUUUUUUUUUUUUUUUUUUUUUUUUUUACACUAGUGCAGGUGGGAGUGACAUCCGUGAGGAAAGUCUCCAUCCUUUAUGGAUUAAGUGGUAUGUAAUAUUACAAGCAAACUUGCUUGGUAAAGGCAGAGCCUGAUGGGCCAUGUCCACUACUGUAGGGUGUUCUUUACUUUAUGAGGUAAAACAGUUUCAGAGAUGAGAGAAAUGCACUUCACAAUAAGUACCCAUCCGGCAUUGCUCAAUAGUGGACAGGCCUUCAGUGAAACAUAGGUAUGGUUUACAGCAUAUAAAUUGUGUUUAGACUUAAGAAUGAAAAAUAAAUAGUGAAAUGGUAUGGAAUUGUAGUCAGUUGAUAGUGGGCAGUCAUACUUCCCUGAAACCAUUCAUUCAUAUGAGACAUCUAAAAAUAAAGGGGCUUCUACACAAAUUAAAUGGUUUUUAAUUAGGCCCAGAUCAUAAAAGGGGUAAACAGAUGUGCUCCAUUUAUAUACAAGAGUUCAAGCUAACUUCAGGGUCAGAGAGGCCUCUAAAUAAGCAGGUUAUAUUUAUUAACAUGUAAUGCAACUGUCCCACUCCCUACUGUAUUGUAAAAAUUAAAACCAUCUAAAAAUUGUAUUUUGGCACAGAUGCCUCUUUGUUUCUACACAUUUCUUACUAGUCAGAAUAAAACACCAUAAUUUCAGCUGAAAGGACAAAGAUGUAUCUACAAAAGUUUUAAAACCUGGAAGAUGAUCCACAAUGGUAACAGACUCAUCUGUCAGUUAAGUUCAUGAAUUGUAAUAACAAAUCACAAGGCAACACUUCCAUUCCAAUAUAAUCACACAUCCCAUUCACAAGGCACCCCUGUUAUUCUCAUGUUCUCACACUUCAUCCUAUCUCCUCAUAUAGUCAAAUGUGAUGAAUCAAAUUUAACUCACAUCCAUAAUUUUGUUGAAUCAAAUUCAUAUUCAUUAUCAUUAAAAUGCAGUUAUUAUCUUUGUCAUAAUAUGCAAGUGGUGAUGCAAGUAUUUGCAUUAUUCUUGGGAAGUUAUAAAUCAGUCAAUUUUAAUCCACCCAAUGCCAGCACUAUGAAUUUAUGGCAGCAACUUGAAAGAAAUUUAGCCUUAUUAAUUAAUUAAUUAAUUGAACUUGACAGAACACAAUCCAAACCUUACUCUAGCCUGUGGAUGUGUAUAUAACCAUAUAACAUGCCUUUGAAAGUGCGCAGACUCACAAUUUCAAAUGAUGAGCGUGUUGUAGGGUUGUGUCUGGAGAGCUGCUUCAUAGAAUACCACACACCACUUCUACUUUUUGAAAACCAACAGGAAAAAUGCUACACAACACUCUCCAUCUCAUGAGAAUAACAAUACCCUACUGAUCAUUCAGUGAAAUAAAUAGUGCUAAUCCUCAUUCCUUUAUAUCAAGGGUUCUCAACCUGGGGUUUGCAAACCCCCAUGGGUACUUAGAUGGUUGAUCUAAUAAUAUUCUUUAGAGUACUAUUGCAUAUUGUGUUAGCAUCAGUCACUAAAUUAAUAUACUUAGUGGCUGAUCUAAUAUCCUUUGCAGUACAACUGCAUAUUGAUUUAGUGUCAGUCACUAAAUUAACAUUGUGUUCAACGUCAGAUUACUGGGCGGUUCAGGUAGGUGGUCUUAUAACUCAGGGGGUUCUUAAAGAGAAAGGUUGAGAAUCCCUGCCUUGUAUGAGUAUAGUACAAGUAACCUAACAAUCAUAUGUAGUACACUGACAUUUUGGAAAAUUUCUAUUAUUGAGGCAAACUACACCAUUUCAUAAACAUCCAUGAUAACCACAGAUCAUCAGCACCACAAAUACCACUGGCCUCACUAUUUGUUACAUUAUACACACCCAUGCCAGGCAACUUAUGGUAUGGGUUUAAAAAAUGUUAAACUUUGCUUAACCCAUUUUACAUAUUUUCCAACAGCCUUUAUGUCAUUUAAGAUUUUUCAGUGAAUGAAAAAAUAAAUUAAAGAAAUUGCCUCAUAUCAUGGGUGGAUCCAUGUUAAAAAUGAUGGCACUUCACCAGUGAAUGGGAAUAAGCUGUGCACUACUAAGAGUGAUGAAAGGAAAUGCUGACACACAUGCAAGAUCACCAUGAGUAUGGAUGAGUACAAUGAAUGAACUUUACUGUUACCAUUUGUCUCUGUGGCACUACUGCUGCAAAGAAAUAAAUACAUUGAUGAUUAAUAAUAAUGUUUGUGCAGAAAAAAAAAAAAAUGAUGGCCAGUUGUCAAUGAAAAAUUGUAUGUUAAUGAAUCAAUAAAUUCUACCUACUUCUCCUUUACCAUUUAUGUCAAGCAAUUCAUUCUCUGGAUCAAGGUGUAAGUGGAGAAUCUACAUAGUGAAUCCCUGGUUCCAAUAUAUUUUGCCUCAUGUAAUUGUUAUCCAACUUUGUAUUUAUAUGUAUAGAUAGCAUAGCAAAUACAGAUGAUGGGUGAUUAGCUAUUAAUUUCCCCCAGUAGUGAAAGAGGAAGGACCCUCUAAGAUAGAAGUGAAGUAGGAAGGACCCUUGAAAGUAGACCAAGUUUAAGCUCCUUCACUACUGUAGGAAACGAACAGCUAAUUAUAUCACCUUUAUUUUCUAUGCCUUUGUUUAUUUAUUUAUUUAUUCAUUAAUCAAUUUAUUUAAAUUUAUUUUAUUUUUUACUAUGCCCUACAUAUAAAUACAAAGUUAGAUAACAAUUACAUGAGGCAAAGUAUAUUGGAACUUUUAUUCUUUCAACAUACAAGCAAUUUCUGAAAUUUAUACACAUCUUUCCAUGGAGAAGGAUGUUGGAUAUUGUGACACUAUGCUGGAAAAUCCACAUCAAAGCUGAGAAAAUUCCUAUUUUCAGUUCACCCAAGUGCAGUUCAGUACUAUUGGUACCAUCAUGAAUUUUUAUAGCAAUCUUUUCCUUUAGCCUUGAAAAUCAAGGGUCCUUUGAAUUGCCAGCAUUUGAGCCUCUUCCAAUAAUGAAGAUACAAUUCUUUAUGUAAAAAUAAUGUAAUGUCUCCAACAGUUAUAUAAUACUGUAUUACAUAUUAUGUACAGCACAUUGUGUGGA